UGUACCAAGAGCAUUCUACUGCAUACUGUGGUCAGUGGCACAGCCGAGGGGGCCUCAGAUCUUUGAUGUUUCCAUAGAAAUUACAAAGAAAAAAGACUGGGAUGCGAAUGGAUAUGCUGAAUGAACCAAAGUCUCAACUUUAAAAACCCAUACGUGGACAUAUGUAGAUUACAGGUGGAAUGGGUGUGGAGCAGGGGGUGUGGAGGAGGCAGUUUACACACACACACACCUGUGUGCUUUCCUCGAUGCCAUUCUCAUUCCUGCAUGAACAGCCAAGUCGCAUUCAUCUCAGCCAUGAAUACGGUUCGAUAUUGAUGGGGUACCAAGCGGCGCACCAGUGCAACGAACACAGGAAAACGACCACGAUUCAGAGAAUAGCAGCUCAGUGAAGAGAACUGGCAGAAAUAUGUUGGUUCCUCACUUUUCGGAGACGGCCCCGUCAGAGGGCAUGUUGGCAAUACUGCAGCAGGAGGACAGCAGUGAGUGCGUGGUGGACCAGACGCCGCAGUACUUCUUCCUGCUACUCUCCAAGGUGGCCCUCAACACACUAGUCCUGUCAUUCUGGCUUCGCAGCAUCACCAAAUCUAUGCUGGGCAUCUACAGCAUCUCCAUGUAUGUGGUGGACCUGCUGCUGGUGUGCAGCAUCUCCUGGGCCUGGUGGUUCCGGGAGAACCUCGGCACCCACGUGUCCGUGUGCUUCACCCUGUCUCACGGCUCCGCCGUCUACUCCGUCCUGCCCUUGCCGGUCCUGGCGGCCGGCGCCAUCGACUACGCCGCCCGUCGGCACCCCGAGGCCAGCCAAUGCUCUGUUGCCAGGGCUGCAGGGCACUGUGGGGUGGUGCUCAUGUUGUGGGUGCUGGCCUGCUCCUACUCCUACUGUUACACUGACACGGAGCUGCUGAUGGUGGACUACAAGGAGGGAGCGAAGGCUCUCGUGUGUCCUGUGCAGGCAUCAAUAGUGGUGAGCUUCUUCAGUCUCAACCUGUCGCUUGCCGUGGGCUUCAUCCUGCUGCUCUACUACCGGGGACUACCUCACUGGGUUGACCAAGCCAGCAAACUCUCCAGCCAGAGGGCCUGGAUAUUGGUCCCAAGGAGCAACCAGGCCUUGUCGGCCAAGUUGGAGACCCUCGAAGUAGGGCCGAUCAAGGAAGCCCCCGUGGCGGCAGUCAAGGUGGAUCAGCAGCCUCCUCUCUUUGUCAGCCUGACUCUGUGCUUCGCCCUUAACUGGACCCCCUACCUUCUCAUGUCCAUGGCCUGCGACACCCUGGGGUUCACUGUGCCCGCCUACGCCACCGUCAACCUUCUCUGGUCGGCCUGUGCCAACAGCCUGCUAGAGGGCAUGGUCAUCUGGUACAGCAGUACCGACAACACGCCUCCCUACAAAUCAUCAGAUGACAUCUGUGAAUGGAGCAUCUACUGGCUUUUGAGUAAAGGGUACAGGUGGCAGAUGGCCAGCGAGACGCCCCAUGACAAAUUAAGUUCACCCGAGACAGCUGAUAUGGCGAUUCUGGAGAUGUAGGGUAGGGUUUUAAAUCAGAAUUGUAUAGGUACCAUGUGAAGACUAGCCUCUUAGUGAAACUGGAACAUUGUGCUGUUUGCAUAGGGCCCAGACAUUAAAAAACAAAAUCAAACCUGACCCAUCUUUUGGUACAUAGGAAAUAAGCCUGCAUGCAUGGCAACGCCUUUCAAAGCUUCAAUGUUUGUAUAAUAGAGUGUAAAUAUCAUUUUAAAUAAACAUUAGAUUUAAGCCCGUA